CCGUCGGAUUUGGAGAGGAGGACGGGAGGACAGUAGCCAAGCGGCCCCGCGGGAAAGUCGCUUUGCUUUUGCUCUCCGCCUUGCAAACUGCCGCCGCGGCGAUUUGCGACUUUCGCGCGAAGCGGGCGAGGCAAAGGCCGCGCGGGCCGGGCCGGGCCGGGCCGGGGCGGGCCGGCCGAUGGCGCCCCUGGAAGAGGAGCUGCGGGCGCGCUUGGAGCGCGAGGGCCAGGCCCACUUGCUGCGCUUCUGGGCCGAGCUGGCGCCGGCGGCGCGGCGGGCGCUGCUGGACUCGCUGGCGCCGCUGCUGGGCGAGCUGGGCGCGCAUUGCCGGCGGGCGGCGGCUGGCGCGCAAGAGCGCGGCCCGGAGAGCCUGGACGGGCGCUUGGAGCCCGUCCCGCCCGAGUUCCUCGGCAGCGCUUGCAGGAGCGACCCGGCCACGCUGCAGCGAUGGGGAGAAGAAGGGCUGCACCAGAUCUCCCAGAACAAGGUGGCAGUGCUCCUCCUGGCUGGCGGCCAAGGGACGCGCCUGGGAGUGCCUUACCCCAAGGGCAUGUAUGACGUGGGGCUACUGAGCCACAAGACCCUUUACCAGAUCCAGGCCGAACGGAUCCGCAGAGUGGAACAGCUGGCUGGCGAAGCAUUCGGGGCGCGAUGCUCAGUCCCGUGGUACAUCAUGACGAGCGAGUUCACUUUGGGGCCAACAGAGAAAUUCUUCCAGGAGCACAACUAUUUCAACCUGGAGCGGUCGAACGUGGUCAUGUUUGAGCAGAGGAUGCUGCCGGCCGUGACGUUUGAUGGGAAGGUGAUCUUGGAAGAGAAAGGGAAGAUCGCCAUGGCCCCAGAUGGCAACGGCGGUUUGUACCGUGCCCUGGUGGACAACAAGAUCUUGGAGGACAUGGAGCAGCGUGGCGUCCGGUACGUCCAUGUCUAUUGUGUGGACAACAUCCUCGUCAAAAUGGCGGACCCCGUCUUCAUUGGCUUUUGCGUCUCAAAAGGAGCCGACUGUGGUGCAAAGGUAGUGGAGAAGGCCUACCCCACAGAGCCCGUGGGCGUGGUGUGCCGUGUGGAUGGGGUGUAUCAGGUGGUGGAGUACAGUGAGAUCUCCUUGGCAACGGCCCAGAUGCAGAACCCCGACGGCCGCUUGACGUACAGCGCCGGUAAUAUCUGCAAUCAUUUCUUCACUCUGGCCUUCCUUCAGGCAGUCGCAGAGAAGUUUGAGCCCCAGCUGAAGCACCACGUGGCCGUCAAGAAGGUGCCGUUCGUGGACGAGGGGGGCAAUUGGGUAAAGCCGCUAAAACCCAAUGGGAUAAAGCUGGAGAAGUUUGUGUUUGAUGUCUUCCAGUUUUCUAAGAACUUCGUCGCCUUUGAAGUCCUGAGGGAAGAGGAAUUUUCCCCGCUGAAAAAUGCCGACACAGCCGACAAAGACACCCCCACUACGGCCCGGCGGUCGCUCCUCUCCCAGCACUACCGCUGGGCAGUGAAGGCAGGGGCCAGAUUUGUCAAUGAUAGCGGCCAAAGGAUCCCCGAGAAACAGAGUUUAUCAGGGGAUGAAGAACCACCCGCUGUGUGUGAGAUUUCACCUCUAGUCUCUUACUUUGGGGAGGGUCUAGAAAAGUACUUGAAGGUCAAAGAGCUCCAGUCUCCGUUCCUCCUUGAUGAAAGAAAGGCAGAAACAUUAGCACGGGCUUGAAUGAAGAUGAUCCUUGCCUUAUUUUAUUUUAUUUUAAAACAACCUCCCCCCCACCCCACGAGAAAUAAUUGAGACAGGUGCUUUGAUGACAAAUGCAAGUUGUUGAUUCUGUUUAUGAUAAUAUAAAGCCAAAGUCUUAACAUCCUUUUUUCUUCUUGUGGGGUUGCAAGUUACCACUGUGGCUGGGAAGGGACGAGGCCUUCUCCUCCUGCCCUUGGCUGUGCAAGCAGCGUUCUUUCCAACUGCAAGGUGUGCCAAGAACUGGAAAGAGGUACCUGAGAGAGGAUGAGUCAUCCUUUGCUGUAAUGGAGAUGCUGUAAGACCGUAAGAAGAGCCCUGGUGGAUUAGACCAAGGGUCCAUCUAGUCGAGCAUUCUGUUCACACAGUGGCUCAAAUGGGAAACCCACAAGCAGGACCUGAGUGCGACAGCACCCUCCCACCCAUGUUCCCCAGCAACUGGUGUACAGGGCAUCCUGCCUCUGAUAUUGGAGGUAGCAUAGGGCUAGUAGCCAUCGAUAGGCCAAUUCGUCUAACAUUGCAGUUGGAACUGGGUGUGGGGCAGGUCCUUCCCAGCUUCUACAUUCAAAACUGGUUGUCUGCAUGGCCAGGGCAGGUGGUGGCCAAGAGGAGGGAAAGUCAAAGAUGAUACAGAAGUUCAUAGAAUCAUAGAAUAGCAGAGUCGGAAGGGGCCUACAAGGCCAUCGAGUCCAACCCCCUGCUCAAUGCAGGAAUCCACGCUACAGCAUCCCUGACAGAGGGUUGUCCAGCUGCCUCUUGAAGGCCUCUAGUGUGGGAAAGCCCACAACCUCCCUAGGUAACUGAUUCCAUUGUCGUACUGCUCUAACAGUCAGGAAGUUUUUCCGGAAGUCCAGCCAGAAUCUGACUUCCUGUAACUUGAGCCCGUUAUUCCGUGUCCUGCACUCUGGGAUGAUCAUUGGACAUUCCAUGUAUAAGUUGCCUAGUGCAGUGUGAUUUUGUGUGGGAUGGGUGCCACCUAGAGAUGUAAAAUUUCCAGAAAUUUUGAAGCUAUGGAAAAAACAUGUUUUUCCCCUCUGGGUUUUGGGGGUGGGGUGGGGGGAGACAGGGACAUUUUUUUUUUGGAAAAAAUGAAAUAAUGCAAUAUUAGCACUUCUUACAGAUUGAAAUUCACUUUGUUAUUUUAGGACCAUAAACUGUAAUUAUGUUCAAGUUGGCAUAAAAUUAUUCCAUUUGGUAUAUUAAAAGUACAGUGUAUUCAAACAA